AUAACCCUAUUCUCAUUGAAGAACCCCCGCCCUGAUAUAUCAGUAGGUAUUUCAGAUCGCGCACUUGCAGAUGCAUUACAAUCUUGUCAGGUUAGAGAUGCAAAAGAUCUGUUGAAUGACCUUGAGGAGACUCUUGAUAUCAUCAGUGAUCCUGGGGCGACACCACUCAAUUUACGCUUCCCGUUCUUCCUUGUCGAAGCAAAAUCCGGUGCAACAGGUGGUAAUCUUUAUCAAGCACAAAACCGGGCAGCCGUGGCUGGUGCGUCAGCCAUAGAAAUCUUAAAGGCCCUUUAUAAGGCGUGUGAGGGGCCGCUACCAAACACAGCGACUCCAAGCGUUACAAGCACUACUUGCCAGCUGCUUACCUUUUCCGCAACCACGGAAGGACCUGCCUGUGAGCUCUGGGCUCAUUUUUGGAAUGAGGUUGAUGGCAGCUAUUGCAUGACCAAUAUCGACAUGUGGCGGACCACAUGUAAAACUAGAGCAUUGGAUUUGGUCUCUAAAAUCUCUAGUAUACUGAACUGGGGCUCAUCGACAUUUCACGCUACGAUAGUUGAAAAGCUGAUUUUCUUCAGUCCCAAAGAUAGCCCCUCAGCUUUGUAG